ACAGUUUACGUCUGUCCACAUUCUGCGGCUUUUUCGGUUCAGUCUCUCGGUCGGUGGAAGAGCGAGACCUCUCACAGGAGGUGGAGUUCGCCGUGCUUAAGCUACGCGGGACCAGUCGUCUCCUGCGAUGUUAACAGAGAGCUGAAACGACAGACCUGCGUGCUCCGAUACGUGACAGCGUACACGAGUCAUGGAGCUCCACAGAUCCUUGAGCUUGUGGAUAUUGUGUUUGUGUCUCGUUGGAGAAAGUUGGACUGAAAAGCCAAGUUCACCUACACCGGUGGACAGUCAGCCUGCUGAAAAUGGAAUGUCAGAUUUUUGUCGCAUCGAUGAGCCACUAUGCAAGGAUGAAAAUGCCUUUCUCACCUAUGAAGCUAUCCGUAAUAUCCAUAAGCAGAUGGAUGAUGAUGCAAACGGCAAUGUAGACGUCGUAGAGACAGAUGGCUUCCUGAGAGAAGAUCUAAACUACCAUGACCCCAAGGCCAAACAUAACAGCUUCCAUGGGGACGACCAGUUCAUCAGUGUGGAGGACUUGUGGAACUCAUGGAAGGGCUCCAAAGUGUAUAAUUGGACAGUGGACGAGGUGGUGGAAUGGCUCAUCAUCUAUGUGGAGCUGCCACAAUAUGUGGAUGCAUUUCGCAAGAUGAAUUUCAAUGGAAGUGCCAUGCCAAGGCUUGCUGUAAAGAACACCACUCUGACACUCUCUAUUCUGAAGAUUUUGGAUCGCAGCCAUGUGCAGAAGUUGCAGCUCAAAUCUUUGGACACCGUACUCUUUGGAGCACCACUGAUGAAUAGACAUAACCACUUGAAGGACUUCAUGUUGGUUGUGUCAAUAGUCAUAGGCAUGGGUGGAUGCUGGUUUGCCUACAUCCAGAACCGCUACUCUAAGGACCAUAUGAAGAAGAUGAUGAAGGACCUAGAGGGCUUGCAGAGAGCUGAGCAGAGUCUGCAUGACCUGCAAAAGAAGUUGCAGAUUGCCCAGGAGGAACAUCGAACAGUUGAAGUAGAGAAGGUAAAUCUUGAGCAGAAGCUGAGGGAUGAGAUAAACGCUGCUAAGCAGGAGGCCCAACGAUUGAGAGAGCUGCGUGAAGGCACAGAGAAUGAGCUGAGUCGCCAAAAGUAUGCAGAAGAAGAGCUGGAACAGGUGCGCAUGGCAUUGAAGAAAGCAGAGAAGGAGUUGGAGUCACGGAGUAGCUGGUCGCCACCAGAGUCUCUACAGAAAUGGCUGCAGCUCACCCAUGAGGUGGAAGUGCAGUACUACAACAUCAAGAAGCAAAAUGCUGAACGGCAACUCCUGGUGGCCAAAGAAGGGGCAGAGAAGAUAAAGAAAAAGAGGAACACUCUCUUCGGGACUUUCCAUGUGGCUCACAGCUCCUCCCUGGAUGAUGUGGACCACAAAAUAUUAGCAGCAAAACAAGCCCUUGGUGAGGUGACUGCUGCUCUGCGAGAGAGGCUGCAUCGCUGGCAGCAGAUAGAGAUCCUAACGGGUUUUACCAUCGUCAACAAUCCAGGCCUCCCAUCACUGGCCUCGGCCCUCAACCUCGACCCCACUUUCAUGGGCGGCAGAGCUACACCUCAGCACUUCAUCAUGUCUGACGACAUGGACGACAUGGACGAGGAUAUCGUACCCGGAACUCUGCCAUCUCCCAGUAUGAUGUCUCUGCGCCAACGCCACAUUGAUCCCCAGCUGGCCCUGGGCUCCCAGAGGGAUCUAAAUCGCUCCGACUCAGACUCCUCUUUGUCCCUUUCACAAGUUGGUGAUCGGCUGUCUGCCUACAGCUCCAAAGGCCACCUAAUCAAGCCCACUUCUCUCAUGCACGGCCUGUCCAACCGGCCAGAUGACGCCAUCUCACUGCAUGCUCACACCCCCAAUGGAGGGAACCGUGUUCAUGAGGGAGCUCCCGACAGCCCCAUACUCAUGAAGAAGGUGUACAGCCUGGGAGAGAUCAACAGUCUGUCCGAGUCAUCUCGCUCACUCAGCCCAAACUCCACUGAACCUGACACACCAUCACCAACAGGAGUGGUGGGAGUUAAAGCCAACAGCCGCAUCCCACAGCUGUCCUCCAAGAAGAGCCCCCUAGAGGAAGACAGUGGUUCAACAGGAGAAGACACAGAUUCAGCUGCCAGCCGUAAGAAACAUACCUUCAAGAUCUUCAAAAAACAGAGGAAAUAAAAGCUAAAUAAAUGAACUAUGGGCUACCAAAGCUGUCUGACUGUAUUCCUCUGUCUGACCUGUUUUUGUUAUGUUUUUUAGUUUCUAGUUUUGGGGGUUCAUUAAUGGUCACAUGAUGACAAAAUGUUUUGUCAUUGAAUCUUUUUGUAGGUUACAACACCUACUUUGAGAGACUGUGGACUGUUUUACCCAGCUUUAUCUGCUUAUACUUGGUCAAUGUUGAGUAUGUGGGGAAUGGGCAGGUUUGUAUAUUGGAAUGUAAAGUAUUAUUUAUUCUGCAGGAACUUGUGCCAGUGUCAAAGGGAAAUAUGUCUCCCACUUGUUUCCUUUUUUUCCUUCUUGUUCUACAAUCUAUAACAUUUUGCAUGUCUUCACUUUUGUUUGACAGAUACUCGAAUGCUCUUAGUGUUUGCUUGGUUCUUGUUGUUAACCUGCUUAGACAACACUUGUUUCUUUUAUUACUAUCAAAACACCUACAAGUCCAAAGUGAAUGCGCACUCCUGAGUAUUUUCCUUUUAUUGAUGGGUACACUUUGUCUGUUUUCUUUUUGUUGAUGUCUUGUUUGCGGAGAAAAUGACACAUUCAGGGGAUCUUCAAAUAUAAGAGGUGUAUUAGAAUGCUCCUGUAUAUUACCUUUGGCUGUAAAAACAAAUGUUGCGUGUUGCUAUUUGAACUCAGUAUAUCACGAUGCCUUCUUAGGGCCAUUCUAGGUAAUAAUAACAAUAAUAAUAAUAAAAAUAUAAUAAAAAGGAUCAGGGAGGGGGUGAUACUCUGAAAAAGAAAAAAUCCUAACUUUUAUAAGAUCUUAGGUGGAAAAUUUAUUUUAAAAAUGAAUGCAAAAAAACCCAAAGACUAUAGUCUCACAUUGAAGUCACAAAUAUACAAAAUAAAAAGGUUCCUUUCUAUUUUUUUUUUUUUUUCUUAAAGCAAUCUCAUCACACUAGAUGGUACUUUGCCUCUAUUAUUCCUAAUGACAUUAUUCAGAUGCAGUCAGCAACUAUCUGGGAGCCCAUAAUCAUCACAUUAAGUAUAGCUGUUUAUUGGGUUAUUCAGAAGAAAUAUACUGAUUUGCAUGAGAUGCUUUUGUGUAACAGUUAUUCUUGCAUCACGCCUCAACUUGGCCAUUCUCUGUUUAGCAAUAGAAACUCAAAUUUUAAAAAAAAAAGAUAAUAUAAAAGAUGAUUAUUAAGGGUUUUAAUUUUUUUUCUCAGAAUAUUAAUCAGUUAUCUUUUUUCCAGAACAGCCCUAAUAAGCUGUCCUAGUAAUCAGCAUUAACUGCUGGGUCUAAAUGUAUUUGUAUUGCACCCCAGAGGUAAAUUCUUGCAAAGUAUCUAAAGGACCAGCAUCAGAGCUUUUGCCUUGGGGUUUUGAAUUUCAGUGCAUUUGAAACAUGGGAGAGUGAAGAAUGUCUCUUCUCUUUGCUGAAAUAUCCAGCUUAUCUUAAGGACUAUCACUGAUUAAACUGGGGGUUUACACACACCCUCACUGAACCAAACGGUUAUCAGGUGUUUGAGGACUAAAAAUGUCUAGGGUGUAUAUAGAAAUUUUUUUUUUUUUAUUAGGCAAAAAUGUUACCAAAAAAUUACCAAGAUGUUUGAAGUGGGUGCCAUGAAAUGCAAUGGUAUCUUUAGGUAUUUAAUUUUAAAGUUAGGAUACACAUUGUGAAAAAAAAAAUGCUAGAUGCGCUUGCUUUCUACACCUGUAUAUCAUAAGAAAAUGUACAGCUUUGGGUUUGUUUUGUAAGAAAAGCCCCUUGAGGUUUAAAAAGGAUCCCCACAAUUUUCAUGUAAUGUGGAUUGGGCUAUGCUGUCCUGUCUUUUAGUGUUAUUGUUUUGUUUGUCUUUUUAGUGGACACAAAAAGCUCCACAGCAGUUUUUCAGUGAGGAUUGGGUGUUGGUAAGGGCUAUAAUUAAGGAAUUUCUGUACAAGACUGAAAUUUUAAAGUUGGAACCACUUCUGGUUAACAUUUUAUGGAAGCAGGAAGUCAAUCAUGUAAAAGUGCCAAAUUGUGAUUUCUGUCAGAGGCCUUUGUAUUUGUAGUAUGUUCUAAACCUUGAGCCCCUUUUGCACAGAAGACAAAAGUGCAUGAUGUAUACAGUAAUGUAUAUUCAGAGAUGAAAUGCUGAAUGUCCAAGGGUAUUUUCUGUAACAGUAUGAUCAGUACCGUAUGUUUACAUUUGUAACAAAUAAUUAUUAUUCUCAGAUAAGUACAACAAAAAAAAUACCUUGUGCCAGUUUUAAUGUUGAUUGCUUCAUUUGAGCACAAAACUAUGCAUCUAGUUGUAGGUGAUUACUAAAGUAGUAGGGACGCCAGUACACUUAGGGCGCUCCUGAUCGACGAACAACCAAAAAGUGCUGCAGAAGACACAGAAAGUCUCCCCCAGCCUCAUAAUGUAACAGGUGGUUUGGAUUUAUAAGACACGUUUAAAUAUUUUAUUUAAAAAAAUAAGACGAGCUUAAAAAAAAUAACAAUUUCCUACUGGUACUUUUUUAAAGUGUCAUUUGUACCUUUUUUGCACGACAGAGCUGUAAAUUGGUUAUGCCAUCUGAAUGUGUGAGUGUACGUGCGUGUGUCUGUCUGCUCCCGGUAUAAUGCACUGUAACGUUGAUGCAUGUCAACUGUCAUAACGAAACCUAUAUUGGGUUAAAAGAGUGGAUCAGCUUAAGCUCUUAAGUCCUCCACCCUACUUUUCUCGUCUUUAUUUUGAGCUUCUAUUUAUGAAAACCUACAGUAUAUUUGUACAGGAAAAAAAAAAUCAUUUUGCAUCUAAUGUUGUGGUCUAAACUUUGAUGGCACUCCUGCAUGAAAGCAAUAAACUAUUUUGAAUGAAA